AUGUCAAAGAACACUGAUACAGAAGCUUCAUCACCUGUUUCCACACCUCAAGCCGAUUCUAUGGCUUCUUCCAAGGAAUCAACACCACUUCGCACCUUCAAGGAGCCUUCACUCUACGAGACCCGUGUUAGAAGAUACAGAUAUCUGCUUGGACAGACCGAACUAUUUGCGCACUUUUUGAAAUUAAAAGAUAUAAAAGACGAAGCUAUGCAAGCUGUAUUGGCAGAAAAGGAAGCAGAAGCAUCAAAAGACAACAAAGAAGGAUCAAAGCGUAGAAGAAAGACCGAAAAAGAGGAAGACGAAGAGAUCUUGAAGGAUGAACAGACAGAAAACGAGGAUCAACUCACUGUGUUCACUCAAUCGCCUGCUUACGUCACAGGAGGCACUUUAAGAGAAUAUCAGAUACAGGGUUUGAAUUGGAUGAUUUCCUUGUUUGAAAAUGGUAUCAAUGGUAUUUUGGCAGAUGAAAUGGGUCUUGGUAAAACAUUACAAACAAUUUCAUUCUUGGGUUAUCUGAAGCAUGUUCGUGGUAUUCCUGGUCCUCAUUUAGUGGUUGUGCCCAAAUCCACAUUGCAUAACUGGCUGAACGAAUUUAACAAGUGGAUACCCGAUUUCAAUGCAUUUGUUUUCCAUGGUGAUAAGGAAACGAGACAAAAUUUGAUCAAAGAACGUGUCAUUCCCGAAGAUUUUGAAGUGUGCAUUACCUCGUAUGAGAUCUGUUUGUUGGAGAAAGCACAAUUUAAGAAGAUUAAAUGGCAAUAUAUCAUCAUUGACGAAGCUCACCGUAUCAAGAACGAAAACUCAAUGCUCUCCCAACUUGUCCGUAUCUUGGAAUCCAAAAACCGUUUGCUAAUCACUGGCACACCACUUCAAAACAACCUGCACGAACUCUGGGCACUUCUCAACUUUUUACUUCCUGACGUGUUCAGCUCUUCUGAAGUGUUUGAUGAAUGGUUUGAAAAGCAAGGAGGCGAUCAAAAGAAGGUAGUGGAGCAGCUUCACAAAGUGCUUCGACCCUUUUUGCUUCGUCGUAUCAAAUCCGAUGUAGAAAAGUCGCUCCUUCCUAAAAAGGAACUUAAUGUCUACGUUCGUAUGUCUCCAAUGCAACGCCAAUGGUACCAAAAGAUCUUGGAAAAGGAUAUUGAUGCUAUCAAUGGUGUGGGCAUCAACAAGAAAGAAGGCAAGACGCGUUUGUUGAACAUUGUGAUGCAGUUAAGAAAAUGUUGUAAUCAUCCUUAUCUCUUUGACGGUGCUGAACCUGGACCGCCUUUUACGACAGAUCAACACUUGGUAGACAACUCUGGAAAGAUGAUCGUCUUGGACAAACUACUUAAAAAGUGCAAAGCACAAGGAUCCCGUGUGCUUUUGUUUAGUCAGAUGAGUCGUGUGCUCGAUAUUCUCGAGGACUAUUGUUGGUGGAGAAAUUAUGAGUACUGCCGUAUUGAUGGUCAGACGAACCAAGAAGAACGUAUUGAUGCUAUUGAUGAAUACAAUCGUCCGGGUAGCAGUAAGUUCAUUUUCUUGCUUACUACACGUGCUGGUGGUCUUGGCAUCAACUUGACAACUGCUGAUGUUGUCAUUUUGUAUGAUAGUGACUGGAAUCCUCAGGUUGACUUACAGGCCAUGGACCGUGCUCAUCGUAUUGGACAGACAAAACAAGUAUAUGUGUUUAGAUUUGUUACAGAAAAUGCUAUUGAGGAAAAGGUUCUCGAACGUGCUGCUCAAAAGCUUCGAUUAGAUCAGCUUGUCAUCCAACAAGGACGUAUGCCUGCAGGCGGAAAAUCCAAGACAGCUAGCAAAGAUGAAUUGUUGACUAUGAUCCAACACGGUGCUGAAAACAUCUUUAAGGACUCUUCUGAUAAUACUUCGGAAUUUGAUGAUGAUAUUGAUGAAAUCUUGCGUCAUGGCGAGGAAAAAACGGCUGAACUGAACAGCAAGUAUUCCAACUUGCAAAUAGAUGACCUCAAAAACUUCACAUCCGAGAGCGCCUACAAAUGGGAUGGAGAGGACUGGAGCCACAAGCGAAAAGCAGAUAGCGUUGGUCUCUCCUGGUUAGGUCCUGCUAAACGUGAGAGAAAGGCCAACUAUGCCGUCGACGAUUAUUAUAAAGAAGCUCUUCGUACGAGCACAAGAACACCUUCGAACAAGGCGCCCCGUCCCAAGAAAUACAAUACCGAAGACUUCCAGUUCUUCCCUGCCAGACUCAUCGAGUUAAAUGAGCGUGACACCUACUAUUUGAGAAAGAGUCUUGGCUAUAAGGUCCCUCCUGUAGCUCCCGAAGAAGGAGCCUCGGAAGAGGAAAUCCAACAGCUCGAGAAGGAAAGAGAAGAGGAACAGAAAAAGAUUGACAAUGCCGAGCCAUUGACUGAACAGGAAGAAGAGGAGCGUAAGACGUUGUACGCCAAGGGAUUUUCAAAUUGGAGCAAGAAAGACUUUGCCACGUUUAUCAAUGCAUGUGCUAAAUAUGGUCGAAACAAUUUUGACGCCAUCACUUCUGAUUUGGAAAAUAAGACAUUAGAUGAAGUCAAGAAAUAUGCCAAGGUCUUUUGGCAACGCUACAAGGAAAUAACUGACUAUGAGAGACAUAUCGCCAAGAUCGAAAAGGGAGAAAGCGAACUAGAAAAGCAGGCAGAUAUUCAAGGACAAUUAACACAAAAGGUCAAGAAGCACCGUGUGCCACUCCAACAGCUCAAGAUCCACUACACUCAGCCAACAAAGGGCAAAAACUAUACAGAGGAAGAGGAUCGAUUCUUGAUUGUGAUGCUUGAAAAGUAUGGAUAUGGCACGGAGAACGUGUAUGAUCAUAUUCGACGUGAGAUCAAACAGUCACCGCUCUUCCGAUUCGACUGGUUCUUGAAGAGUAGAACAUCACAAGAGAUUGCCAGACGAUGCAAUACGUUGAUCAGUUUGAUUCAAAAGGAAAAUAGUGAAGCACAAGAAGAGGAAAAGAAGACUCAAACAAAGGGACGAGGUGCAAGUAGCAGCAGCAGUAGUGGCAAUAGAAGAAAGGCAGCCACCAGCAGCAACAGCAAUAACAACAGUAGUAGUAAAACAAAACGCCGAUAG